AUGUCCGAUGGAUACUACAGUUCGAAGAAGACCGAUGAUAUCUGCGAAGAUGUUUGUGGACAGGGAUCGAAAGCAGCUGCAACAAUCUCAAGGCUUAAAUGUGUUCUUAGAGGUUUCGACUUAAGAACAUACUUGUUCCUCUUUAUUCUGAUGCCAUUUGGUAUCUUUGCCAUUUAUCUACACGGCCAAAAGUUCACUUACUUCUUCAGACCGCUUUGGGAAUCGCCUCCAAAACCGUUUCACACCAUUCCUCAUUACUACAAUGAGAAUGUAACAAUGGAAUCUCUCUGCAGUCUUCACGGCUGGGGAAUCAGAGAAUCGCCUAGACGUGUUUUUGAUGCGGUUCUGUUUAGUAACGAGAAGGAUCUUUUAACUGUUCGUUGGAAAGAGCUUUAUCCUUAUGUGACACAGUUUGUGCUUCUUGAAUCCAACUCGACGUUCACUGGUUUGCCUAAACCGUUUGUUUUCAAGAGCAAUAAGGAAUGGUUUAAGUUUGUGGAGCCUCGGCUAACUUAUGGAACGGUUGGGGGACGGUUUAGGAAAGGCGAGAAUCCGUUUGUGGAAGAAGCUUAUCAACGUUUAGCGUUGGACCAAUUGCUUAGAAUAGCUGGGAUUGAAGAGGAUGAUUUGUUGAUUAUGUCGGAUGUUGAUGAGAUACCGAGUGCUCACACGAUCAAUCUUUUGAGAUGGUGUGAUGAUAUUCCUCCUGUUCUUCACCUUCAGCUUAAGAAUUACUUGUAUUCUUUCGAAUACUAUGUCAAUAGCAAGAGCUGGAGAGCAUCUAUACACCGGUACAGUCCAGGGAAAACUCGCUACGCUCAUUUCCGUCAGAGUAAUGUGAUGUUAGCAGAUUCAGGAUGGCACUGCAGCUUUUGUUUCCGUUAUAUCAGCGAGUUUAUAUUCAAGAUGAAAGCUUAUAGUCACUCGGACCGUGUCAGAUUCUCUCAUUACUUAAAUCCAAAGAGGAUUCAAGAUGUUAUUUGCAAAGGAUCAGAUCUGUUUGAUAUGUUACCUGAGGAAUACACAUUCAAGGAGAUGAUUGGCAAAAUGGGACCUAUACCUCGGACUUAUUCAGCGGUUCAUCUGCCUUCAUACCUGCUGGAUAACGCGGAGCAGUACAAAUACUUAUUGCCCGGUAAUUGCGUAAGAGAAAAAUAG